AAAAGUUGUCAUUAUAGCUCUUUUUUCUAUUUUUAGUAAAAUCCCAAUCGUAAUUUCUUUUAACAAUUAAAAAUCCACAAUUUAUACACACACCAAGUAAAUUACAAUAAUCAACAUCACACAAUCUGCAUAUCUGUAACAUUCUACGCAGAACAGCAUCAUUAGAGGUAGUUGGUUGGUAGUUACUAGCAGCUUUAAGUAAAAACCAGAUUACGCAAUGGAUUAAAUCCUGAUCAGGAUUACGCCGAAAUACCAUGGCAACGAAAACGAAAAGGCUUUAGCUAUGGGCGAAUGUGAAUCGCUGAUCGUGUAUUUGCACUGUUCAAUAUUCACAAAUGAAUAGACUGAAAUUGUGUGGGUCGCUUUCUGUACUAUUAUGCAAUUACGCGUUUCCGUAGUUAGGUCAUCGUGGUAUUUUAUGUAUGUAUGUAAAAAAACGAAUCGCUGGCUUUGAGUGCAUUAGAACUCAGACCAAGUGCUAUAAUGCACCCAGAUCGGUGAGCUACGUUAAUCCUUACAACGCUUUCAUUUGCCCGGACGCUUUCCCUUAUCAUGGCUGUAGAAUAUGUCUCAAGGGAAAAGGCGAGAGUCACCGGCUCCUCGCCUGAAGAUACUACUGGCUGAUAUCAGCAAGGCAUGACUGCCCAGAAUGCACAGUGCAGGGUGACAUCUGACUGCUGUUCUAAGUAUAUACAUAUACCAAAAUAGGACCGCGAACGGUGCUGACAUUCUUACGACUAAUUGCCCUCCAUCUGGCUGGCUGGAGCUGCUAGCGGAGAAUCCGUGUGUCCAAGGUUUCUGGGCACCAGUGCAGUCAGUAUGUGUCGUGCUUUUUUUUUCCAGCCGUGAAAUUCGCUGCUUUCUGUACAGCCUGUACACACUGUGUGUGAACCGAGCAGCCAUGUCAGUGAAAGGACAAGAUUGCUAUGUGUACGAAUUUUAUGAUUUUGACCACCCGAACGAAUUCUUGGAGGCUUUCAGAGAGUUUUACCUGGAUGGUUUGUUCACAGACAUCACGCUCCAGUGUGGAUCAGGACAGAUAUUCCGCUGUCACAAAGCCGCGCUUGCCGCCCGCAGUUCCUAUUUCAAAGUGAUGUUUACAGCGGACAUGAAAGAGCGAUCAAAUGACUUGAUCAAGCUGCCGGGGAUUGACUGCGAGAUAUUGACAGCAGUGGUGAAUUACGUGUACACUUCCCAGGUAAGCAUAACAGAGACAAACGUGCAGAGCCUUUUAGAAGCGGCUGACCUCCUGCAGUUUGCGUCUGUGAAGAGAGCGUGUGAGGAGUUCCUGAUUCGGCUCCUGGAUGUGGACAACUGCCUCGGAAUGCACUCGUUCGCGGAGUUCCACGUCUGUCCCAGACUAGAGAAGGAGGCGCGGAGGGUGAUGCUGUGCAGCUUCGAGGAGGUCGCCAGGCAGGAGGAGUUUUUAGAGAUCGGCUUCGAGAAGCUGAGCUCCCUAAUGGCCAAAGAAAACCUCAACGUCUGGAAGGAGGACGUGCUGGUGGAAGCUGUGGUGAAGUGGGUCGCUCACGACAUGCCCUCCCGCAUUGAUCAUGUGCAGGAUUUGCUCCAUUGCAUCCCUCUUGAGGUGGAUGAGAUAUACUUCAGGACAGCCCUUGGCCUUCAGAAACCCUGUUUGCUUGGGAAUGAGAAGAAGGUCCAUUCCUUAAUCGUCCGCGCCUUGAAAUCCAGUCGCAACCAGAUCUCCGGUAGUAGUAAGAAGUUAACAUCCAAUAUGUAUGUUAUCGGCGGGUACUACUGGCACCCUCUGUCCGAGGUACACGUGUGGGACCCGGUCACUAACAUGUGGACCCAUGGGAAGGACAUGCCUGACCACACCAGGGAGAGCUACAGUGUCACUCUCCUGGGGCCCAACAUUUACGUCACAGGAGGGUACAGGACAGACACAAUUGAGGCUCUGGAUACUGUGUGGAUUUACAACAGUGACAGUGAUGAAUGGGCCGAGGGGUGCCCUAUGCUUAACGCCCGGUAUUACCAUUGCUCGGUCACCUUGCAUGGCUGUGUGUAUGUCAUAGGAGGCUACAGAGGAGGAGCCCCUGCCUGCGAAACCGAGUUCUAUGACCCUCUAAAGAGGAAAUGGAUUCCUGUGGCGAAUAUGGUCCAAGGUGUAGGAAAUGCUACAGCUUGUGUCCUGCAUGACACAAUUUAUGUCACUGGUGGCCACUAUGGAUAUAGGGGAAGUGUUACCUAUGAAAAGAUUCAGAUCUACAGGGCUGACCUCAAUGAGUGGAGCAUCGCUACUAUAAGUCCUCACCCAGAGUACGGCCUGUGUUCUGUGGCUCUGAGCGACAAGCUGUACCUGGUUGGUGGACAGACCACCAUCACCGACUGCUAUGACCCGGAAAAGGACCAAUGGAGGCAGAUGUCUGCGAUGAAGGAGAGAAGAAUGGAGUGUGGGGCUGUCGUCAUGCACGGCUGUAUUUACGUCACAGGAGGAUACUCCUACUCCAAAGGAACUUACCUUCAGAGCAUAGAGAAGUACGACCCCGAGCAGGACAAGUGGGAAAUAGCUGGCAGCCUCCCCAGUGCUAUGCGAUCGCAUGGCUGUGUCUGUGUUUACAGUGUGUAGAUCUGCCUUCAUUGCAUCUGGACUGCAGUGGCUCGUCCAUUUGAGAAAGGGCAAAGGUGAAGUACCAGCUGUCACGCCCUCUGCAGCCAGAGGGCGCUCCUUCUCUGGCCUGUCUCUUGUUUCCGGUGCUUUGCUGUCCUUCCGGUGUUUCUCGCUCUCUGGGGCUAUAUAUUUCUGGGUCUUUCAUUUUACUUUGCUCAGCACUGAGGUUCAGAUGCCCUGAAACCCACUUAGCACCAGGUCACUCCUGUCCUUGGCCUGAGGGCAUAGGUUUCUAUACGGCAAUUCCUGAACAGCUGAGCCAGGGCUAACCCCCGUCUCGGUACAGUUUGUCCUUUCCAACAUACAUGACACCAGCAGCAUCCAUCACUCCAUGCGCUGAUGUACGAUAUCUGAGGCAGCACAUGCAUUUGUGAGUCAGCAGGAGAAAUCUGAAAAGCUAUUCUCUCUAAGGAGUGCCCAGCCUUUUGUAAGAUAGAACAGCAGCCCUUCGAUUUAAAAAGCAGACAAUCAAUAUGAUGGAUUUUGUUGUUUUUUUUAGCGAAGCAAAAAAGGUGUACCCUUGAGCAGUGAUCUGAUCCACUUCAGGUUUCACAGACUGCUGUGCGUAUUGUACUGUACAGAGAUGUCUGCAAGUGGCAAAACAUGACAUGGAUCAAAGUGCUACACACUAGGAGUCAGAAUUUUUAAAUGUUUCCAAGGAAGUUAUUUUAGGAAAUAAGAUUUUAAGAGCUCAAAAAGGAAAAUUACAUUAGGGAUGAAAAAUGUAUGCAAAUGUUUCCUCAGAUUGCCUAAAAGAAAUAAGACAAGUAAGAGGUCUUAAAAAAUGUGCAGCAUAGCCAACACAAGACAUUUUAAUGAAAAAAAGGUCAUGUUUAUUAUGCUAAUGUGGUGGGUUAAAAGAGCUUUUUUCCUAACAGAGACCAUAAUAUUUCUCAUUUAAAAUUUUACAUUAGACUAUUUUAUGAUGCAAUAAAGUAUUAUAGGGUUAUAACAAUGAGUAUUUCCAAUAGAAUGAUACUGUUUAAAAUGAACAGAUCAUAAGAUACAGUAGAUAAGAACAUAAUAAUGGUUACAAAUGAGAAGAGGCCAGUCAAGCUCGUUUAGUUGCUGUUAGGUCUGAGGAUCUUAUAUAGCUAUUAAAAACACCUAUCACUGACACCAGAGAGAGUUUAGGAAUCUAUAUUUACCCUAUGAACACCUGAAAAGUAUAGUUAGUGCAAUCCUUAGUGUAUAUAGUAUACUGUAUAUACAGAUGAGAUAAAUGUGUUGAUCAGACGUCUGAGUAUUAUUUUACUGUAACUGGUGUUCAAGGACAUUUGGGCUAAUAUUAUGAAGUACCUUUAUCCAUUGCUCUGGAAAUACAGAAUUACGUUCUGUUAUUUAUGAACUCUUUGGAUCACAGUAACUGCCAUUUUAUGUUCUCUGAAGAAAAAUGUUUCACUUCCCCUUCUGUAUCGUGAACAGAAUUAUUACCUUUUGGUUCAUUUUGGCUUGAGUUCACCUUUGCCUCUAGGUAUUAAAAAAAAGGCUCAUUAUUGACAGCAGAAAGAGCUCAGCAAUCUGUGAAUAGCACGUGGACAUAAUACCUAGAAAAAGCACAAAAGCAAGUAAAAGCCUAGAGGAAUUUUUCUAAUGUAUGAGUCUAGUUUUUUAGACAUAUAACCAGCUGCAGUAUUCCAAUGAUCUAGUACAGCAAACGUUUUUUAAACUUUAAUUAAAUUGUUGCUACAGUGUUUUGUACUACUGUAUAUAUCUUUGAUUUUAGAAAAAGGAAUUAUAGAAAAUAAAGGAUUCUUAUUUCAACACCGUUGAAUUUCCUCAAAGGAUAAUUUUUUGGGGAAAUCUGUUCAUUUUGUUUACUAAUGUAUUUGCAUUAUUUAUGAAGAAUAUGAUGUUUUAAAAGCAUUGUGUGUAUUGGUGAAUGUUUUUUUAGUUCUUUUAAAUAAAUUAUGUUUUGUUUCAGACACGAUUUUUCAAGAAGCACAAAAAUAUGGUAGAGCAAGAGUAUUAGAAGGUCAGGAAAACCGCACUGCAUACAACCCAUUCUGUGUCUUGUCUACACGUCCAUAACCACUUUGACUAAUGUUUGGGUACGUUUUAGAGCAGUUUGCAAGAACGCUUGAUUUGCACAUGAAAUGUUUAUGUUUUCUUAUUACCUUUUAGAGAUACGUUUACCAUUUUGAUAUUUACUUUGUCAUUUUUUUUUUACUAAACCGAAUUUGUUGGAAUUUUUUUUUUGCGGUGAAUGAUUUCAUUUCAGCUAACAUACAACACUGCCACCUUCUAGCCUCCUCCCAGCAACUAAGCAAGACCGAGACUGGAUGUUGGAAUUCAUUGGAGAAAUGCGGCCCCCACCUAUAUAUAAAGCUCUUUGGUAUCUUUUCAGAUAGAAAUCAUUAUGUAAAUGCAAGCAACUUCUAUUGAACACCGAAAAUGUGUACUGUAAAUUCCUCAGCAGAAAUCUACUGAAUUGUCUAUGUGUUUGAAUGCUUUUGUAAUAUUUGUUUUUUGGUAUUUUGAAAUUCAUGAAUUUUGGUUAACACACAGCAUUUUGUAAUACGGAAUAAAC